GAGAGAGAGUUGAGAGAGAAAACCGCAGCAACAUGACGACUGUUCCAAGUGGCUAUUUCUUCAGGCCUACAGAUAAACAACUUCUCGAAGACUAUCUCAGGAGGAAGUCUGAGGGCAACUCCCUGCCCUGUGACGUCGUUAUCGAGCGUGAGAUAUACGGGGCCGGCAACAAAGCCCCGUGGCAGAUUUUUACCGAUGAAGAUCCGUGGGAGAUAUGCGAAACCAUGGACAAGAAGACAGAUAAGUUGAAGACAGAAGGUACCAUUUAUGUCUUCACGACCUUGAUCAAGGCCAGUGAGAAUAGCGACAGGAUUGCUAGAACAGCCGGUUGUGGCUCAUGGCACGGAGAGACCGCUCUUGAACCGGUAUUGGACAAGAAAGGUGGUGUGAUGGGCAACAAGAGGAUGCUCUGCUUUCAGAUUACAGACGAGAGCCUGAAGGAAUGCCAUUGGAUCAUGCAUGAGUACUCUCUACCCGUUGGUAAUGCUACGAAUGGGAAAGGCGAAUACGUUCUUUGUAGGAUAAAAAGAGACGACUCGAAGGACACCAAGAUAUCUUCGAGAAAACGAAAGAAUGUGGAGGGUGCUACGACUGAUGAUGACCUGCCAAUUCUGAAACCCUCAAAGCGUGUUAGAACAAAGUUUGUGCAAGAACAGAAGAUGGAAUGUGAUGCUGCUGUGGCACCGAAACAAAAAAUUGUUCCUUUCUUAGAAGAACCAGUUGUGCAAGAAUGUGAUAGUGCUGCGGUAUCGGAACCAGAAGUUGUUCCUUUCUCUGAUGUUCCUUUCUCACAAGAAUCAAUUGUGCAAGAUCAGAGUUUCAUAAGGAUUGGCGAUCCGCAUGAGUUCACACUUGAAGACAUGGAUGAAAUACUAGGGUAUCUUGAUGAACAAGUUUCUGUAGAGAAGCAGCAAGAAAGCAGUUUCGGGUUGGACAAUGAUUAUAAUAAUUUUGGCAAUAUCGGGUUGGAUUAUGAUUAUGAAUAUGAUUAUGAUGAUUUUGGCGGGUUGGAUUAUGAUUAUGAUGAUUUUGGCAAUAUCUUGCUGAUGACCGAAGUUGAUCCCUCGGGCCUUGCUUUAGCCUCUUCAGAACCACUGCCGAUAGAGAAGGGCUGA